AAGAGAGACGGAAAGGAUAGAAUGCUUACAUUUUAUCAAAUGAAGCAUAUUUUUGAAAUACUGGAUAAAAUGAGAUGCCUGCGAAAACGUUCCACAGUAUCAUUCUUGGGAGUUCUUGUUAUUUUCCUUCUCUUUAUGAACUUGUACAUUGAAGACAGCUAUGUUCUGGAAGGAGACAAACAACUUAUAAGGGAAACAUCCACACAUCAACUGAAUUCGGAACGCUAUGUGCAUACUUUCAAAGAUUUAUCUAAUUUCUCAGGAGCCAUCAAUGUCACUUAUCGCUACUUAGCUGCCACACCUUUACAAAGAAAGCGGUUUCUUACAAUUGGACUUUCAUCAGUGAAAAGAAAAAAAGGAAACUAUUUACUUGAGACAAUCAAGUCCAUUUUUGAGCAGUCCAGCUAUGAAGAGCUGAAGGAAAUUUCAGUGGUGGUUCAUCUAGCAGACUUUAAUUCAUCCUGGCGUGAGGUCAUAGUCCAGGAUAUUACACAGAAAUUUGCCCACCAUAUUAUUGCAGGAAGAUUAAUAGUUAUACAUGCUCCAGAGGAAUAUUACCCAAUCCUGGACGGCCUUAAAAGAAAUUACAAUGAUCCAGAAGACAGAGUCAGAUUUCGGUCCAAGCAAAAUGUAGACUAUGCUUUUCUGCUUAAUUUUUGUGCCAAUACUUCAGACUAUUAUGUAAUGCUUGAAGAUGAUGUUCGAUGUUCAAAAAAUUUCUUAACUGCCAUCAAGAAAGUCAUUACAUCCCUAGAAGGAACCUACUGGGUAACUCUUGAGUUCUCUAAGCUUGGCUACAUUGGAAAACUGUAUCAUUCUCAUGAUCUCCCACGUUUGGCACACUUUUUAUUAAUGUUUUAUCAAGAGAUGCCUUGUGAUUGGCUAUUGACUCAUUUUCGGGGUCUUUUAGCUCAGAAAAAUGUGAUCCGUUUUAAACCGUCUCUCUUUCAGCACAUGGGUUAUUAUUCAUCAUAUAAAGGGACUGAGAAUAAGCUGAAGGAUGAUGAUUUUGAAGAAGAGUCAUUUGACAUCCCUGAUAACCCUCCUGCAAAUCUAUAUACCAACAUGAAUGUUUUUGAAAAUUAUGAAGCAAGCAAGGCUUAUAGUAGUGUUGAUGAGUACUUUUGGGGGAAGCCACCUUCAGCAGGAGACGUCUUUGUGAUUAUAUUUGAAAAUCCAAUUUUAAUUAAAAAAAUUAAAGUGAGUACUGGAACAGAAGAUCGGCAAAAUGACAUUUUGCAUCAUGGAGCCCUCGAUGUUGGGGAAAAUGUUAUAGAUUUCAAGCAAAGUAGACAAUGUGUUACUUACUUAAGACUAGGGGAAUUCAAAAAUGGAAACUUUGAAAUCUCAGAAGUGAAUCAAAAAAUUCCAUUUGAUAUACAUUGUAUAAGAAUAUAUGUUACCCAAACACAAAAGGAAUGGCUGAUUAUUAGGAGUAUUAGCAUUUGGACUUUUUAGCCAACUAAAUCAAAAUGUCCAGUUACUAAAGCAGGCUUUCCUGUUUCCUUUUUUGCUACCUUCCUCUUUUGCUACUUUAGUCCUUUGGAGGGAAAGCAAUGGAUGGGACAUUUUAAAAAGAAAAGUCGAAUCAUUUUUACAGUUUGAUUUACAUACUGUCAACAUAAUUUUACUCUAAUACACACUUGAGUUUAUUUUAACUUCUAAAGUUGAGUAUCAGUCCAUUGUUAAUUUCAUUUAUAUUUUCAAUGUUACUGUGUUUGUUCCAAAAUUUCAACUAAAUGUCAAAAAUGUGACAAGAAGGAUUUAAAAUGAGAAAAUUUUGUGUUCUGGAUGGUGAGUCUUAAAAAAAAUAGUUGUCAACUGUAUGCACUUCCUCAAGAAUUGAUAAUUCAUUGUAUCAUCAGAUAGUUCUUAUUAAGGAUCUGUGUGAAUAUGCAGGUGGUUAGAUGAUAAUCUUUUUCUUGUAAACAUAGAUUUUCAUAGACUUCUGUACAUCUACAGUGAAUACCUCCUCAUGGAAGUGAUGUCUUUACAGCAAAGUUUUAUGUGUAGGUGGGGUUAUGGAAAGAGAAAAAUGGCUUAAAAUAUUUCUCCCCUGAUUAUUUAUAUAAAAAGGGGCAUUGUUCAUUGUAUAAACACAAUUGAGCACCUAUUGUUAAUAAAUUUUCUGUGGGAAGCA